UCUUAUCUUUAGUUGUGGCUAAGUCUUUUAAUAAAUCUCAGUGCCUCGGUAAUAGUUUAACUGUGCGUGUGUAGACGUUAAUAACUUUACUCAAUAAACAACACUCAUAAUGUUAUUUAUAUUUUUCGUUCUACUAAUACCGGUAUUUUGCAACGCCAAAAUAAGAAUACACAUACAUGCAGCAUCCAGUUUAGAAUACUCUAGUGUUCGGAGCAGUGGUAUCGACUUAAAAACAGUAACGGAUAGAGAAAUAGCCCUGUUCAAUCUAACCAAAGACAAUCUAAUCAGGGGUAUUAGGAUUGAACUCGGAAGAUACCCCGAAGACGUUUUCUUAACUGACCCAACGCCGUACGAGAAUUUAUUCGAAAAAUUCAAAUGGCCACCCGUUAGAAGAAAACUGACAAUUGAAGCCGUGAAAAUAAUCGACAUUAUCAACGAACCGGUACAAGUAACGGUACAGGAGUUCAUCAAUAACACAACGAAACCGAUAAAGAGGAAUAUCGGUAUUUACAAAACGGUUGAGUCAACCGUUUUUUCAACUUGGUCCAAAACCGGAUUUCCUGUCGACAAUAUAACUUACGGUAUUAAAGUGAGCUACAGAAAUAGCAACAAAACGUUUGAAUACGAAAAUCUAUGGAGAAGUACGCUUGUAAGAAACCAAAUGGUCCGUUUUGGUGCUUCAAAACCGGGCUACGUAAAAGUGGAACCUGGACAAAAACUUAGAACAACUUUAAAUGGUUUUAAAACUAUAGUUUUAGUGGAAGUUACUUACAAAGCCAGUGUCAUAGGCAAUGUUAUCGGUGACUUUGAAGAGUUGGAAGGCAUUCACUAUCAUUUCUUCGCGCCAACAGUCAGAAACAUUAUGAAGGCAGCUGAUAUUUACAAUGAGUUGAUCACAACUGAAGAGGUCGAAGUUCGAUGCUUCACCGACCCUCGAGUGGAAGUGUCUAUCGAGCAUGCUGACGUCGAAAUUGUGACAGCUAGAAAUAGGGCUUUUGUGAGUUUGGGUGGGAAACGACAAAGAAAUAAAAAGUAGCAUUUUUAUACAAAAACGUUUUAUUUUUGUGCUUAAACAUCGAGAUCGGCAAUGGAAGUUGGAGGUAGUUACAAGAGAUUAUUAAAAUAUA